AACAAAAAUACUGUAGGAUUGAGCAGAAAGUUCCAUGCUUUACAUUAAUAAUAAAUGCUAAUCGAAAAGAAAGAUUUAAUUCAUCUAAGUGGUGUUUUGUCUUGUUUAGUCAAAAACGCUACAUGAAUUAUCAAUGUAUUGAGGUUUUAGGUGACUUAAAUUCGUGCAACAAAAUGAUAUGCACUGCAAUACAUUAACAGCUUCCUUGGGAUAUUUAUUUGAGAUCUGGAGUCAUUGUUGGUACGAGAAGAGCGGUGAGAAACAUCAGGAUUCGUUCCAAUAUUGAUCUCUGUUAGUUAAGAUCUUUCUCUUUCUUCGUGGAUGCAAAAUACACCGAUGAGAAAGCACCCAAUUUUGCAUCCGCCCAUAUGAUGAUGAGGUGGUAUAUAUCUGCCCAUAUGGUGAUAUUCCUGGUGAUGAGAUAGUUGAAUGUCUUUUAAAUUUGGCCUUUUCAGAAGAAUGCGUAACUGUCAAUGUGUACGACUAUUGGGAAAUAAUUUUAAAAGUUUUUGAUUUCUUUCCUUAACAGCUGGAGAGCAAGUGUGCCAUGACACUUGAAUUACCUCAUUUCAUAUCCUGUUAUGUUAUACUGACACUUGAAUUGCGUUCCACCCUACGCUUUGAAACUUUCUAUCUGAUGCAACUGUUAUAUCUGUGCAACGUCAGAUUUCAUCUAAUGGGACUUCGACCUCGAGAUCCUUCAAGUAAGACUUAGUUUUUGACCUACAGGGAAGAAAUUUACUUGCUAGACUUGUCUUUUCUGAAGCAUUGUAUUACAAUUUCAAUAAUCUGCAAUAAUAAAGAGAUCCUCAGAAUAGAAAAGGAGUUUUCAGGUAACAGGUUUAAAAUGUACGGCCUAAUGAAUGUUGAGCUUUUGAUGAAGUUCCUGUGCAUAUCAUCCUUUGACAACAAACACUUAAAUUUUGUUCCAGAUUUAUGCACGUUAGACGAAACAAUUCAUGAGAUUUCGCAACGCAGAGACACUUCCGCUUCCGAACACUGUCUGGAAAACGGAUGCUUCACGAAAGACUCCGGAAAACUUACAUCUAUGCUAGUUGACACUGAUGUUCUAAUGUCUCUUAUGAGAAACUAUUCAAAUUGCAACGUGUGCUUGACAGACCAGUGCUACAAAGAUGCAACUGAAAUCUUAUCCAGUUUAGAUGAGGAUGUGGACCCAUGUGAUGACUUCUAUCAAUUUGCCUGCGGUGGCUGGCUGAAACGACAUACCAUUCCUAAGGAGAAAUCUUAUGUUUCCGUUUAUUCUAAACUUGAAGAUGAUAUCCAACUCCAACUGAAAAGUCUCUUAGAAAAGGCGACGGAAAACGAUCCUGAAUACAUUCGAAUGAUAAAAGGAAUAUAUCAGUCCUGCAUGGACAGUGAAAGCCUCAACAAAGCAGGAAGUGAACCUUUGAAGAAGGUUCUGAAAGAUCUUGGUGGCUGGCCAGUGAUUGAAGGAGACAACUGGAAUCCUCAGUCCUUUGACUGGAUUGAUACGCUCAUUAAACUACGUACGAAGGGCUUCAAUCAUGACAUCCUUAUAGGUCUAUCUUUAGUGAAGGAUCCCUAUGAUAGCACGAAUCAUGUAAUAAAACUGGACCAACCAUCCUUAGGAUUGCAUUAUGACUAUCUGCAAGAUAAUUUAAAUAACAAUGAAAAAAGCGAUUACUUCGAUUUAAUGCUGCAAGCAGCUUAUGUACUAAGUACAAAUGAUAUUUCCUUACUGGAGUUCAGUUCCACAAAUAUCGAUGUUUUUUCAAAAAGCUUAUCUGAAGCACUCAACUUCGAAAUCGGACUUUCAAAACUCGUUUUUCCAGGUAAAUUCAGGGAGAAGUACACAGUUCAGAAGCUUAUGGACGAAGCAAGACAGGCUCAAAGUAUGGAACUGCAUGUUAGUUAUCCAGAUCUGCUUCGGAAUGAUUCUUUUAUCGCCAAGCGAUACGAAAAUUUGAAACUUACCAACGAAAGUUAUUUCGACAAAGCCAUGAAAGUGCGCAAGUGGUCAACUGACAAUUUCCUUUCUCAAUUGAGAAAAACUUCUCAGAACUACUGGAUAAGUGUCUACAGGUGGUCUACUAAAGGCCAAGUAAAGAACUUGAUAGAACUGCAAGUAGAUAUAUUUCCCGAAUAUCCAAACGGAUCGUCUGCACAGAUUAUUUACUACUAUAGUUCUAACAGACUUGAUUUGCCAGCAGGAAUUUUACAACAAGCAUUUUCCAACAGAGGUCGACUACACUCUCUGAAUUGGGGAGCACUGGGUUUCAAGAUUGCUCAAGAAAUGUCACAAGCAUUCUUAAACGAAGGUCGAUUCUAUGAUAAAGAUGGCAAUAAAGUUAACUGGUGGCGACCACACGUACAGUUGAGGUUUGAAGGGAUAUCCAAUUGUUUCAUAAAUCAAUAUGGUGGUUAUAUUGAAGAUGACUACGGAUUAAAUUUAGAG